AUGGCUUCGGACGACGUGGUUGAGAUCGAUAGCUUAGAGAAGGGUUUGCUGUGCGGAGGUGGAAAUGAAGAAGAGGCGGUUCUGUAUGCGGCGUCGUUUCGGGAAAUGGAGGAGAAUUUCGUCAAGUACCAAACAGCGCAGUGGCUUCUGUACUCUGCGCUUUUGAUAUUGGCGUGGGGGAUUGGGUUGCUUAUGCUGCUUUAUCUUCCGGUUCGGAGGUAUAUUCUUCGGAAGGAUAUUCGGUCCAGAAAGCUUUACUUGACAUCGAAUGCGAUCAUCUAUAAAGUUACGAGGCCAGUUCCGAUUCCAUUUUUCGGGGUGUUGAACAAGGAGAAGCAUGUUUUGUUGCCUUCAGUGGCUGAUGUUGUAAUCGAGCAAGGAUAUCUGCAGUCUCUCUUUGGUGUAUACUCGCUUCGAAUAGAGCAUGUUGGUGUCAGAAGGCCUCCAAGUGAUGAUGUUCAAAUCCAUGGCAUUGCAAAUCCAAUUGCUUUUAGGAAGGCAGUGCUAAUGCGCCUUUCAAGCAUGACGAAUGAGGUUUUCUCUAGACAAGUUUCCACAGUUGAAGAUGUUCCAAAUUUGAGGCUUCAGAUGUCCCCAUCAAAACCUCUCAGGCAUGAUUCAUUUUCAUACCCAGGGGAGCUAACACUACUGCAGAAACUUGAGGAAGUUGGAAGUUCUGUAAAGAGGGUUCAAAGUUUAAUUGAGGAGCAACACUCUCAAACACCAGAACCUAUAGGUUGAAAGAAGUCGAUUCGAAUACAAAGGGAGUUAUAACUCUACUAGUUUGUGCCUUCCCUUGCUCUUAGUUGGACGAUUGUCUCAGCUAACGAUCCGGAAUUGCAUUAUUUUACAACUCACCGGAAGCAUUAGUGCCUACAUUUCUGUUCGUGCCCACUAACAGACCAUGUUUUGUUUAUCACUUUGGUUCGUAUCCUAUCAUCUGCAAAUAUAGAAAUUGACCCAUGUAAAAUAAUUUUUAUGAUUCUCCGUUGUGUAGUUUGUUUUCUGCUGUUAUUUUCAUGAAAUAUUGCGCUGCUGUUGUACUCUCUGGAAAUUGUCAUUCUAGUACAGACAUUACAAUUGCAUGGUUGCGUUA